CCCGAUCUCCGUGUGGCAGGCACUGGGUACCUCGACAACGUGACCCUGAUUUCAGCCCGCCCCAUCUCCGGAGCCCCAGCUCCCUGGGUCGAACAGUGCGUGUGUCCCGUUGGCUACAAGGGCCAGUUCUGCCAGGAUUGUGCUUCCGGCUACAAAAGAGAUUCUGCCAGACUGGGACCUUUUGGCACCUGUAUUCCGUGUAGCUGCCAGGGGGGAGGAGCCUGCGAUCCAGACACAGGAGACUGUUACUCAGGGGAUGAAAACCUUGACAUCGAGUGCGCCGACUGCCCCAUCGGCUUCUACAACGACCCGCACGACCCCCGCAGCUGCAAGCCGUGUCCCUGCCACAACGGGUUCAGCUGCUCUGUCAUGCCAGAGACAGAGGAGGUCGUGUGCAGUAACUGUCCCCGGGGGGUCACGGGGGCCCGCUGCGAGCUCUGUGCCGAUGGAUACUUUGGGGACCCCUUUGGGGAACGUGGCCCAGUAAGGCCUUGUCAGCCCUGUCAGUGCAACAACAAUGUGGACCCCAGUGCCUCUGGGAACUGCGACCGCCUGACGGGCAGGUGUCUGAAGUGCAUCCACAACACGGCGGGUGUCCACUGUGACCAGUGCAAAGCAGGCUACUUUGGGGACCCGUUGGCUCCCAACCCAGCGGACAAGUGUCGAGCUUGCAACUGCAACCCAGCGGGCUCAGAGCCUGGGGAAUGUAGAAAUGAUGGCAGCUGUGUUUGCAAGCCCGGAUUUGGCGGCCUCACCUGUGAGCAUGCAGCACUAACCAGCUGUCCAGCUUGCUAUAAUCAAGUGAAGAUACAGAUGGAGCAGUUUAUGCAGCAGCUGCAGAGCCUGGAGGCCCUGGUUUCCAGGGCUCAGGGUGGUGGCGGAGUGGAGCCUGACACAGAGCUGGAGGGCAGGAUGCAGCAGGCUGAGCAGGCCCUUCGGGACAUUCUGAGAGAAGCCCAGAUUUCAGAAGGUGCUAGUAAAUCUCUCAGUCUCCAGUUGGUCAAGGCAAGGAGCGAAGAGAAUAGCUACCGGAACCGCCUCAAUGACCUCAAGACGACUAUGGAAAGAAUCCGGGCCCUGGGCAGUCAGUAUCAGAACCGAGUUCAGGAUACUCACAGACUGGUCACUCAGAUGCACCUGAGCCUGGAGGAGAGCGAGGCCUCCCUGAGAAACACUAACAUUCCUUCCUCAGAGCACUACGUGGGGCCAAAUGGUUUUAAAAGCCUGGCCCAGGAGGCCACAAGAUUGGCAGACAGCCAUGUUGAGUCAGCCAGUAACAUGGAGCGGCUGGUAAGGGAAACCGAGGACUAUUCCAAACAAGCGCUAUCACUGGCACACAAGGCCCUGCAGGAAGGAGGCAGCACGGGCAGCCCGGACGGCUCCGCGGUGCAAGGGCUCAUGGGAAAGUUGGAGAAAGCCAAGUCCCUGGCCCAGCAACUGUCGGGGGAGGCCACUCAAACUGACAUUGAAGCAGAUAGGUCUUAUCAGCAUAGUCUUCGCCUUCUCAAUUCCGUGUCUCAGCUGCCAGGAGUCAAUGAUCAGUCUUUUCAGGUAGAAGUGAAGAGGAUCAAACAAAAAACUGACUCUCUCUCAAGCCAGGUGACUAGGCGUAUGGAUGAGUUCAAGCAUGUGCAAAGCAGUCUGGGAAACUGGGAAGAAGAAACCCAGCAGCUCUUACAGAAUGGAAAGAGUGGGAGACAGACAUCAGAUCAGCUACUUUCCCGUGCCAACCUUGCUAAAAGCAGAGCCCAAGAAGCACUAAGUAUGGGCAAUGCCACUUUUUAUGAAGUUGAGAACAUCCUAAAGAACCUCAGAGAGUUUGACUUGCAGGUUGAAGACAAAAAAGCAGAAGCGGAAGAGGCCAUGAAGAGACUCUCCUACAUCAGCCAGAAGGUCGCAGAUGCCAGUGACAAGACCAAGCAAGCAGAAACAGCCCUGGGCGGUGCUGCCACCGACACCCAGAGGGCCAAGACCGCAGCCAGGGAGGCCCUGGAGAUCACUGACAAGAUAGAACAGGAGAUAGGAAGUCUGAACUUGGAAGCCAAUGUGACAGCAGAUGGAGCCUUGGCCAUGGAGAAGGGACUGGCCACACUGAAGAGUGAGGUGAGGGAAGUGGAAGGAGAGCUGGCCAGGAAGGAGCAAGAGUUUGACCUGGAUAUGGACGCAGUGCAGAUGGUAAUUACAGAAGCGCAAAGAGUUGAUAACAGAGCCAAGAAUGCUGGAGCUACGAUCCAAGACACACUCAACUCAUUGGACAGCAUCCUAUACCUAAUAAGUCAGCCUGGCAGUGUGGAUGAAGAGAAGCUGAUCUUAUUGGAGCAGAAGCUCUUCCGGGCCAAGACUCAGAUCAACAGCCAGCUGAGGCCCUUGAUGUCAGAGCUGGAAGAGAGAGCACGUCGGCAGCAGGGCCACCUCCACGUGCUGGAGAUGAGCAUAGAUGGGAUUCUAGCUGACGUGAAGAACCUGGAGAACAUCAGGGACAACCUGCCUCCAGGCUGCUACAAUACCCAGGCUCUUGAGCAACAGUGAAUCUGCUCUAGAGAUUUCCCAACUGAGGUUCUUGGGAUGCAUAACUCAGGAGCCAUCUCAUGUGGUUGGGGUGGGAUGGAGACAUUUGAACAUGUUGAAUGGGCAUGCUCAGGUCCACUGAACCUGACCCCAUCCCUGAGAUCUUGGCCAGAUAAAUGUCUUGUUACACCAAUGUGAUACUACUUGGGCAAUGAGGCAGAUAGCAUUGGGUAUGAGACUGGCCAAGGGCCUGGACCCCAAAGGGUAGACUGGACGGAAGGACAAGCUGCACGGCCAGGUGUUUGCCUCAGGAGAGUCACAGACUGAGUCCUGGAGUAUGGACAGAUGCUGCUGGGCUAGAGUCAGCUUAUUUUUUGGGUAAUGUGACCAACGGAAUUUUUUUUUUUUUUUUUUUUUUUUUACUUUGCCCACCCAGAAAAUUCUUCUCAAUGUCUGAACAGAGAGUGAAGUCCAGUCACACUGUGGCCAGUAAAAUACUAUUGCCUUAUAGUGUCCAAUGCAAGCUUCUUGUUGACCAGAGUUCCUCCCACUUACCACCCAGUUUGUGAACAUGUGCUCUACUUUUAAGCUGGAAGAAGUGAACAGUGGUGGAGUGAGAGGCUGUAAGGCUGGUCCAUUUGGAGCAAUGGUGCCUGCUUGGGUCCUGCCACCUUUGAGUUCUGGGGCCUGGAAGUGACAUCCUUUCUCCGGUGAUGCCACGACUAGUUAGAGACUACAUUUUUAUUAAAGCAUUUCCGACCAGCAAAACAAACUUUGGGAAGGUAUUUACUUUUGGGUUUCAAAGUGAUAGAAAAAUAUAGCUUGAGCAUUGAAAGAAGUACAAUUAUCUAGAAGAUUUAUUAGUCCUUAUUCGAUCCCACUUUUCAAAUGCUAAAAAUUGUAUGUGUCUUUGUGUUUUAUUUUCUCACUCUCUCUGCCUAUAGCAGAGAAUGUUCCUACUCACACUGGAGCCGGGUAGACUCCAUCCUUCCAUCCAUCCAUCCAUCCAUCCAUCCAUCCUUACAACAUAUAUUUAUUGAGUCCCUGCUGUGUGUCAGGGGCUGGGGUACGGUGGUGACAUAGUCUCUGCCCUCACAGAGUUGAUUGUCUAGUAAGGAAGACAAACAUUAAAAAAAUAAAUUUAAAGGUACAACUCUUGUUCAUCACAAGUGGUUUUUAUUGCAAUAACCCCCUGGUUUGCAACCUCAUUUCUCAACAGAACAUAUGUUGUAAGACACUCCCAGGGGGGCACUUGGGUUUUGGCAAAGCCGGGAUGGCUCUGGGUUGUGCACACUUCUUUGCAUUCUAGCUGUCACUCCUCCCCUUUCCACACCUGAUUGCAACAGACUGUUGAGUCAUGAUUACACCAGUGGGAAUUGCUGGAAAGACCAGAGAUGAUUCCAUCUCGUCUUGGAAGAUGUUGGUGCAGGCUCGCCUUUGUACUUCCUUGGCUUUUCAUGGAUGUGUUUUUGAAUAAAGAAUAAUUCUUAGA